AUGACGAGCCUCUUCCGUCGGAGCAGCAGCAACAGCAGCUCGCGCGGCGGCUCCUCCACCCAGGAGCUCAACAACAGCCGCCCCGCCAGGCAGGUCCGCCGGCUGGAGUUCAACCAGGCCAUGGAGGACUUCAAGACCAUGUUCCCCAACAUGGACUACGACAUCAUCGAGUGCGUCUUAAGGGCCAACAAUGGUGCCGUGGAUGCCACCAUUGACCAGCUCCUGCAGAUGAACCUGGACAGCAGUGGCUGUGACGACAGCUCGGACUCCGAGGACAGCAUUCCCCCUGAGAUCUUGGAGCGGACCCUGGAGCCAGACAGCUCAGACGAGGAGCCCCCUCCUGUCUACUCCCCUCCCGCCUACGAGAGCCAGGCGUUCGGCAGCCACUGCCCCCGCGCGCCGCCCACCCCGCCGCCCAGGACGGACGUGCUGGGGCCUGGCAGCACCCCAGUGCCCGGGCGCUACAGGAACUGGAACCCACCGCUCCUGGGCAACCUCCCUGAGGACUUCCUCCGCAUCCUGCCCCAGCAGACCGCCGGCGCACAGGGCUCCCACGGCUGCCGGCAGCCCGUGCCACAGGGGCUUGCCCCGCGGGGCCAGGGCUCCCUGGAGCAGGAGCGGCGGUGGAAGCAGUACUUGGAGGACGAGCGGAUCGCGCUCUUCCUGCAGAACGAAGAGUUCAUGAAGGAGCUCCAGAGGAACAGGGAUUUCCUCCUCGCCCUGGAGAGAGAUCGAUUGAAAUAUGAGUCAAAAAAAUCCAAGUCGACCAGUGUUGCUGUCAGCAACGACUUUGGUUUCUCCUCCGUAAUAUCAGGUGACGUAGCCCCAUCUGUAACCAGCGAGGCCGGCAGUGCCGUGUCUGACGAUGCCUUAUUCAGAGACAAAUUGAAACACAUGGGAAAAUCCACGCGCAAGAAGCUUUUUGAACUCGCCAGAGCCUUCUCCGAGAAGACGAAGAUGAGGAAAUCAAAAAGAAAACACUUGUUGAAGCACCAGGUGCUGGGGACGGCAGCUUCCACAGCAAAUCUUCUCGACGAUGUCGAAGGACAUUCAUGCGAUGAAGACUUCCAAGCACGGAGGCAGCAGCUCCAGGAGGAGGAGGAGACGCCGAAGGAAGGGCAGUAA